GAAGCGGGUCGGGCGACCGGGGUUGAGCGACGGGAUAGCAGGAGGCCCAGGCCGACCAACCGUCAGAUCGGAUCAAUUCGGACCCCGGUUGGGUUGUCGCUGCCGGCUGGGGGCUGGGGCUGGCCCGCUCGCCGCCGAGUCGGUAGUCGCCCUUCGAGUAGGGAGGAAGUUUGUCGUCAGGUCGGUCCCGCCGCUCCGCUUCCCCAUUCCCAGUUUGUUGUCCGUUGCACGCUGCCCGCCUGCCUCCGGCCCGGCCGUUGCCUUGCCUUGAGUCUCCCCUCGUGUACAACCCUCGCGCCAGCCCGCACCGCUUCCCGCUUGCCAUGGACAAAGAGAAACUCAUCCGCGUGGUCCGCUCCAAGAAGCCGCUCUGGGACCGCAGCAAUAAAUUCUUCCGAAACCGCGACCACACCAAGGAGCUAUGGAAGGAAGUCGCCGAGGAAAUGGACGAGCCUUGUGACGUGGUGAAGAAGAAAUGGACGGGCCUCCGCGACGUGUUCCGGCGAGAGUGGAAGCACAUCUACGCGGCCCGCGUGAGCAGCGGCGACGGAACGGUGAGCCUGCACAAGAAGAGCACGUGGCCAUACCUGGAGAACAUGCUCUUCCUGGCGCCGCAGAUGGUCUUCCACGAGCCGGUCGAGAACCAGGAGAUCAAGGAGGAACUCGACGAUUCCAUGGGCUCUUACCCAGACGAGCUACCGUUCGAGGCCCAGUUCGAGGAGGGUUCCUACGAGUCCCUCAAGAUCGACGAGCCUGUCAAGCCGCAGGGCGGUCCUGUCCCGAUCAUGGCCGCUGGCACUGCCACCACCGCUUCCGGAGCCUCCGCCUCAACCCAGGCCCCGCCGGAGGUCCAGAAAAGCCCCGCCGACCUCCACAGGAUCCUCGAGGAAGCUCGCGAUGCCGGCCUCCCCGUCGCCAUCUCCAGAUCUCCUUUCAAGCGACCGCCGUUCGCUGAUGCCUACUGCGUCGAGGUUGAGGAGAAAAGAGCCAGGUACCUAGAGAGCAGCGACAGCGACCAACAGUUUCUGAUGAGCUUACUGCCAUUCCUGAAAGCAAUUCCCGGGAAUCGGAAGAUGAGCGUUCGCAUGAGACUUCAGCAGGUUUUCCUAGAGGAGGAAGAGCGCGCCAGUCAAAACCACCCCCCGGGUACAACCCUGGAACAUCGAAAAAGUGCCACCACCACAUCAGUCCCGUCCUCCACUUGGGUCUCAUCAAAUAGUGUCAGCUCGCCCACUGUCGACUAGAGUGAAAUUUCUCGACAAAUUUUCACUGCCUAUGCUCAAUUUUUAUUGCUCAGUUAAUUUCCACCCUAUAAUUUGAAUCAGGAGUUUUCGUCCUGAACAGAGAGGGGUGGUUUGUCAAUCCAGUUUUGUGUUUAUCAUGAAGAGUAACUGUGAGGAUGGAUCCAGUGGCGUGGCGUGGAUUGCGAUGUAUCGAUUGUUCUGUCAUUUAAACCUGUGGUGAAGAAUCGAUUAUUAAGGUGUUCGCUGCGAACACCCUGUUUCUCGAUCCUUUUCCAUGGGUUGAAAUGGCAUAACAAUCGAUAAAUCGCAAAGCACGCCACGCCACUGGAUGGAUCAGAGAGUAGGUACAUCUGUGAAUCUCUGAAUGGCAAGAGGCGUAUGUUAUUCUUUAUUAUCUCCCUCGUCUUAGAGCAGUUUUUUUAAGUAAGAAAACUGAGAGACCCUCCUCGAGAAAGGGUCUAUUCCUACCUUAAGGCUCUAUCAUCUCACUUGGGAAUAUAUCAAGUACAGAUAGAAGGUGAGCCCCAACUUUGUCUCUCCGAGUUGUGUUGAAUUUAUAGUUCAAUUUCCUAUAAAACUCUACUUAGAAAAAAUCCCGCGAUUUGUGUAUCAUUCAAAUAAAUAAUAAAAACAAGGGUAAAAUUAGGAAAGUCAAAAUUUUCUCUCUUUUGAAAAAUAAAACCUCUGGUUACCUUAUGUAAGCUCUGUCGUAUUACCGUGUUGUUAGGAAGUAAACUUAGUUACCUUUGUGUUUUAGUUUUAAACAAGUCAUAUUUUUGAAUACCCACACAAAAACCGUUAAUUACCUACCCCAUACCUACCUUACCCUUUGAAAACCUGACAAUUUUAGCGUGUAGCCAUGCAAAAGUGAUGUUGAUAUGAUCUUUCAUUUACUAAACAUCGGGGAAAAAACCUUUACCCAUUAUUCCACUUAUUUUCAAUACUUUUCUUGAUCUCCUUUAAAUACUUUUAGUUUUUAAUUUGAAUAACCUCUUUAUUGUAUUCUUAUUUGUCGGGUGUAUCUUACAAACUUGUAUGGUAAAGAUACAGCAAGUACCUAUCGCGAAAGUCUAAAGUACAAUAAAUCAUUACCUAUUUUUAGGCGUUUCAGCCGUUUCCAUUUUGAAUUUGACAAAAUCUUUAUUUUUCGAUUGUAAAAUUCUGACGAGAUACUAUAAUUUUUAAUGAAAAGGAAACUUUAUUUUCAAGUUCCCUCUCCUUGUUCACAUGAGUGAAAACUUCAUUGUACCAUACCCGCCGAUGGGUUUUUACUUUAUUUUUAUACUUCUUUUCUAUGUAUCUAUCAUAUUUUUUCAUGACCUUUUCAGAUGCUCAUGGAUAAAAAACACAUUCUUCUCAGAGCUUCACAAAUAUAGUAUGUCAAUAAGUAACCUUACCAUUAGUCAUGCAGUUCUGACUCUCAUAUCUCACAUUAAAUGUCUCUUUUACGAUACAUACUUUACCAUUCGCCUUUCUCCUUUCACUAGAAUACAGCGUCAUUCUUCUGGCAAGAUAUUAACCUAGUCAGUCACUAGUAUGAUCUUUUUCAAUUACAAUAAUGUAGCAUUGCAGUUAGAAGCGUAAGAUCUUCAGAGUCAUCAAAUGAGCUCAGUUUAAGUGAGGCUCCUUAAAUUUUAACUGUAGGAAAAGAAAAUGGGAAAGAAAAAUUUAGCUGCCCAUUGCCCCUACGAUCUCGAACAGCGAAAUAACAGACGCUAAUCAAACCUUUUACACUGUCAAGAAAGAAAGCAAUUCCCUCUGUGCGCAUCUGAAAGCUUUUGUUUUUUAUGUGUUUGUAAAUGUAAGACAAUUAUGGUGUAAAUACUUAAUAUUUUUUAGACUUUGAUCUCGAUUUUUGUGGUAAGUUGAAGUACCGAUGAAUAAACUUGUUAUUAUCUCAA